GUUCGUCAGCGCUAUCCUUUUCACUCCUCGUCUGAACUCGCUGACUCCUCACCUCUCGCCGCACCUAUACUUUACUGAAGACUACUUGUACAUACGACAUACUGGCGAACUACUCCUCAAAGGGCUUCCAUUCACGUCGCCGUGCAUCGCUCAUGUACACGUGCAUCCAAGACAGUUCGCUAUCCAUCCAUAGACAAGGACCACUUGCCAGACCUAUUUGGCGCAGGCCGCCUGCAAAAGCACCAUGAAUCCGCACCUCGAGAGUUCGGUCGCCCUCAUUAUCGCCCGCGAUGACGAUCCAUGGAACGCGCUAGCUCGCCACGACGAGAAUGUUGACGACGAUCAGCGAUGCUGGUCUUCCUCUUCGAUUACCAGUUCCUCUCCUACUGCUGUAUCUGCCUCCAACGAGCCCUCAAUCUUCACUAGACCUACAUCGUACGGCACCGGUUAUCCUGUGUGCCAGUAUCAAAACGAGGGCAAGGCGACCGCUACAUAUGCAGCAUCGUUGUCUGCAACACACGGUUCAGAACCUGAAACAGAUGCCGAGCGUGAUGACGCCCUCGGCGUCAUUCUCUCCUUUGCGGGAGCAUGGUCGUCGAGUCACCAAGUACAAGAUCAAUGUCUCCGGAAGCGUGAGAACGCAAAGCUGAGACUACCCAAGACCCGUCUCAAAAAGUAUCCGGUUGUCAUCCACCAAACCACAGAGGAUGAAAGUCCUCUUCCUCAAGAUAUCCCGCCAGCCCCCAUUACUGCAGGGCCACCAAGCAGAGAAGAUCGAAGGUGUCUCUUCUGUCGUAUACCUCGACGGCACUGCAUCGUGUUUGGUUUGAUCUGCCUCACAGUUUUGACGAUUCUUUCGAGUGGACUCACUGUCUAUUCCACGAACAGAGUAGAAAUGAAAAUGCGCAAGCGAGUAACUUUCGUUGCUGCCACAACAGUGUCCUUUGAGACCGUUGUCACGAUGCUUGCAGCGCGUCGCCCUCCAGCAGAAGCAUUGGCCCUUGGUCUUUUCCCACUGAUUAUAGGUUUCAUGGUCUUACUACACUUUGAUAGCUUUUUCUGACGUUGGGAGGCUACUUUCAAAGCAGGUUGUGCCUAGUCGAUUGGCACAUUUCCCUAACACACGACAUCGUCCACUGUCGUUCAGUACGGACUGAUCUCUGACAAUGGAUUAGAUUGUUUGCUUAAUUGAGAGGAUUG